CAAUAAUCAAGAAGAAUACACAACCGAAGAAUUUCGACAACCCGCAGCUUCGAACCUCCAAAUGCAAGCGUUGUUAGGGGAGAUGAGGCGUAUGUUGAGGGCUGAAUUAGAACCUAUUCACGAGAGGUUGGACAGGGUAGAAGCAGAAACUCCUAGGGGACAGCAACAAGACAAUCCCAAUAGGCAACAAGGUGGGCGUGUUCCGUGGCGGAAUGUUGAGGAAGAGGCGGAGUUGGAGGAAUUUGAUGAGCCAUAUUUGAACCGAGGCAGGUUUGAGCGUGGGUAUGGGAAUAGAGAAGCUAGGAUGGGUAGGCCUAGGAGGGAUAAUGAUUUAGGAAACAUAAAGAUUAAAAUUCCGUCUUUUCAAGGUAAAAAUGAUCCUGAAGCUUAUUUGGAGUGGGAAACUAAAAUGGAGAUGGUGUUUGAUUGUCACAACUACUCGGAGAUAAAGAAGGUUAAGUUGGCUGCAAUUGAAUUCACAGAUUAUGCCAUUGUUUGGUGGGAUCAAUUACUGAUUAAUAGGAGGAGAAAUAGAGAGCCACCCGUGGACACUUGGGAGGAGAUGAAAAUGCUUAUGAGGAGGCGUUUUGUACCCAACCAUUAUUAUAGGGGAUUGUAUCAAAAGUUGCAGAGGCUAACUCAAGGUUCCAAGAGUGUGGAUGAGUAUUACAAGGAGAUGGAGGUAGCAAUGAUCCGGGCUAAUGUAGAAGAGGACCGAGAAGCCACCAUGGCUAGGUUUUUGCACGGUUUAAAUCGUGAGAUUGCAGAUAUAGUCGAGUUGCAGCACUAUGUUGAGUUAACAGAUAUGGUGCAUCAAGCCAUAAAAGUGGAGGAACAAUUCAAACGAAAGGGAUUGGCUAGGAGGGGACAACCUAUGGCUACCACCAGCCCAUGGAAGACAGCUCCAAAAAGGGACGAGCAGCUUCAAAAUAAGCAAAAAUUUGAACCCUCUAAGAAUGCCAAACCAACAACCACCACUACUUCAGGUAACACCGAGGCUUCUAUUUCUAAAACACGUGAUAUUAAGUGUUUUAAAUGUCAGGGGCGGGGACACAUAGCCAGCCAGUGUGUAAACAAAAGGGUGAUGGUGAUAAACGCCCAAGGAGAGCUUGAGUCGGAGAAUGAGGAAGAAGUAGAUGAUGAUGACAUGCCACCUUUGGAGGAUGCCGAUGAUGAGCAAAAUGCUGUGGUUGGAGAUUUAUUGGUAGCAAGGCGAGUUCUCAAUGUGCAAGUUAAGGAGGAAGAAAGUAACCAAAGGGAAAACUUGUUUCAUACUCGGUGCUUUGUAAAUAACAAAGUUUGCAGCGUCAUUAUUGAUGGUGGGAGUUGCACAAACGUAGCCAGCACUUAUUUGGUGGAGAAAUUGGCCUUAACCACCUUGAAACAUCCUCACCCUUACCGGCUUCAGUGGCUGAAUGAAUGUGGCGAAAUCAAGGUGACAAGGCAAGUGUUGGUGGCAUUAUCCAUUGGCAAAUAUGAGGAUGAGGUGCUUUGUGAUGUGGUUCCUAUGCAUGCAUGCCAUUUAUUGUUGGGAAGACCAUGGCAGUAUGAUCGGAGGGUUACGCAUGAUGGAUUCACAAAUAGGUAUUCUUUCACUCUUAAAAGGCAACCCAUUACUCUUGUGCCAUUAACUCCAAAACAGGUCAUGGAGGACCAACUAAAGUUACAAAGAUCAAAUGAAAAGAAAAAAGAAAAAGAAAGGAAGGCCGAAAAGGAAAAAUUCAGUUACAUUGCAAAAAAAAGUGAGAUCAAGAGAGCAUUAUUUUCACACCAGCCCCUUAUUGUACUCAUGUACAAGGAGGCUCUUUUAUGUACUAAUGAUCUCGUCGGUACUUUGCCGAGCAAUAUUGUUUCUCUUUUGCAGAAGUUUGAAGAUGUCUUUCCCGAAGAGGUACCUAGUGGCUUACCUCCAAUCCGAGGGAUUGAACAUCAAAUUGAUUUCAUACCCGGUGCAUCAAUUCCUAACCGACCUGCUUAUAGGAGCAAUCCUGAGGAGACCAAGGAACUUCAGAGGCAAGUAGGUGAAUUAUUGGAGAAGGGGUAUGUGCGUGAAAGCAUGAGUCCUUGUGCGGUCCCGGUGCUAUUAGUUCCUAAGAAGGAUGGAACAUGGAGAAUGUGUGUUGACUGCCGGGCCAUCAACAACAUAACGGUAAAGUAUCGUCAUCCUAUUCCUAGGUUAGAUGAUAUGCUGGAUGAAUUGCAUGGUUCUUGUGUCUUUACAAAAAUUGAUCUUAAGAGUGGAUAUCAUCAAAUUAGGAUGAAGGAAGGUGAUGAAUGGAAAACUGCUUUUAAAACUAAAUAUGGUUUGUAUGAAUGGUUAGUGAUGCCUUUCGGCUUAACUAAUGCGCCAAGCACAUUUAUGCGUUUGAUGAACCAUGUUUUGCGUGCAUUUAUUGGCAGAUUUGUAGUUGUGUAUUUUGAUGAUAUCCUAAUUUAUAGCAAAAACUUGGAAGAACAUGUGAUGCAUUUAAAAUCUGUUUUGGAAAUCUUGAGGAAAGAAAAGUUGUUUGCUAAUCUCAAGAAGUGCACCUUUUGCACGGAUAAGCUUGUGUUUCUUGGUUUUGUUGUUAGUAAGAGAGGAAUUGGGGUGGACGAGGAAAAGGUGAAGGCAAUCCAAGAGUGGCCAACGCCUACAACAAUCAGCCAAGUGAGGAGUUUCCACGGCUUAGCUAGCUUCUAUAGACGGUUUGUGCGUGAUUUUAGUAGCUUAGCCACCCCUCUUAUUGAAGUCAUCAAGAAAAAUGUGCCGUUUAAGUGGGGAAAAGAACAAGAAAAUGCAUUUAAUCUGAUCAAAGAAAAGUUAACUAAUGCACCUUUGCUUGUUUUACCUAACUUUGCUAAAACUUUUGAAAUUGAGUGUGAUGCUUCAGGAAUAGGUAUUGGAGCUGUUUUGAUGCAAGGUGGUCAUCCAGUUGCUUAUUUCAGUGAAAAGUUGAGUGGGGCAGCCCUAAAUUACCCCACUUAUGAUAAGGAAAUGUAUGCCUUGGUAAGGGCUUUGGAAAAUUGGCAGCACUAUCUAUGGCCAAAGGAAUUUGUGAUUCACACAGAUCAUGAAUCUUUGAAGCAUUUGAAAGGACAGCAAAGGUUGAACAAACGCCAUGCCAAGUGGGUGGAAUUCAUUGAAACAUUUCCUUAUGUGAUCAGAUACAAGCAAGGUAAGGAAAAUGUGGUGGCUGAUGCAUUGUCCCGAAGGUAUGCUUUACUUUCCAUUUUAGAUACAAAAUUGCUUGGCUUUGAAUAUAUUAAGGAUUUGUAUGCACAAGAUUCUGAUUUUGCUGAUGUGUUCAAUGCAUGUGAAAAAGUGGCGUUUGAUAAGUUUUAUAGGCAAGAUGGAUUUUUGUUUCGGGAAAAUAAACUGUGUGUGCCUAUGUGUUCUUUGCGUGAAUUGCUUGUGAGAGAAGCUCAUGGUGGUGGUUUGAUGGGUCAUUUUGGUGUAGCUAAGACUUUAGGAAUUUUGCAUGAUCAUUUUUUUUGGCCUCAUAUGAAACGUGAUGUGGAAAGAAUCUGUGAGAAGUGUAUCACGUGUAAACAUGCUAAGUCUAAGUUGAAACCCCAUGGUUUGUACACCCCUUUGCCAAUACCUAGUGAACCUUGGACUGAUAUUUCUAUGGAUUUUGUUUUAGGUUUACCUAGGACUAAGAGGGGGAGAGAUUCAAUUUUUGUGGUGUUUUCACCAUUUGAAAUUGUUUAUGGCUUUAACCCAUUGUCACCUUUGGAUUUAACUCCUUUACCUUUGAGUGAACGUGUGAACUUAGAUGGCAAAAAGAAGGCAGAAUUUGUAAAGAUGAUUCAUGAAAAGGCACGGCUGAACAUUGAAAGGAGGACUCAACAAUAUGUCCAUCAAGCCAACAAGGGACGCAAGAAGGUAGUAUUUGAACCAGGAGAUUGGGUUUGGUUACACUUAAGGAAGGAACGUUUUCCAGAGAAACGGCGUUCAAAACUCCUACCUCGGGGUGACGGACCAUUCCAAGUAGUGGAGCGCAUCAAUGAUAAUGCCUACAAGCUUGACUUACCGAGUGAGUAUGGUGUUAGUGCAAGCUUUAAUGUUGCUGAUUUGUCUCCAUUUGAUGUAGGUGAUGAUUUGAGGACAAAUCCUUCUCAAGAGGGGGAGAAUGAUGGAAACCAAGGAGCUGGACAUGCUGAUCAUACACAUGGGAAUGGGGCUGAAGUUGUGCAAGACCCUUUGUCACUUCCUAGUGGCCCAAUUACAAGACUUAGAGCCAAACGUUUCAAGGAAGCACUAAAUGGGCUAAUCCAAGAGAAUUGGGCUGAUUCUAAAAAGACUGCAUUGAAAAUGUCUCAUAAGAAUGAGUCAACACCUAAGGAGGAGGCAGAUAAUUCAUUCUUUGUAUUGCGGGCCAUGCAACAACAGUUUGAACGGUUGAAUUUGGUGUCGGAGGAGGUGAAGGAUAGGAUGGAUCAGCAAGAGGCAGUGAUUAGAAAUCUGCAAGGGCAUAUCGCGUCUCAAUGUCCAAACAAGUGGGUGAUGGUUAUGCGAGACAAUAGGGAUGUGAUGACUAAUAAUGAAGAUGAUAGUGAUGAGAUGCCCGAGUUGGUCAAUGCUAGUGAUGAUGAUGGAGUGAAAUACCCCGUAGAAUGA